CGAGGCUCGGCUAAUGCAGGGCAUGCGCAAUACGUUCCGACCAGUUAGGCAUUCGCUCCCGCUCUGCGCGGUGCUGCUUAGCCGCUGCUUAGCCGCCCGCUGUGAGUGGAGCGAUUUCGGCAGCAGGCGGCGGACGACCGCGUGAGGGGAGGGGGGCUUCCUUUUCCUCCUCCCUCCCCCGCGCCUCGGGCGGCUGAAGAUGGCGGAGACCGGCGUUCCCUCUGCGCCGUCCCUGAAGGGGCUGCGGGAACAGAUGGUUGCUGCCGCCCAAGCAUUAGCUGAAGAAAGAAGAAACCAAAGUGGCGUUAGUCCUGUUCCAGCCUCAGCCUCAGUACCUAUAAAAACAGCAAUGAAGCCAGUUAUAGAUGGCUCGAUCUUGAGAUCAGAAGAGAGGCAAAGAUUAGCCAGGGAGCGUAGAGAAGAACAAGAAAGGCAGCAUGCUGCCAGGGAAUCACAAAUACUUGAAAAGGAGAAGAAAGCAAAGCUCCAGUAUGAAAAGCAAAUGGAAGAGAAACAGAGAAAACUAAAAGAGCAGAAGCUGAAAGACCAACAGAGAAGAGCAGCUGUAGAGGAAAAAAGAAAACAAAGGAUUGAGGAAGAGAAGGAGCAUUAUGAAGCAGUGGUGCAUCGUACUUUGGAGCGGAGCCAGCGACUGGAAACAAGACAGAAGAGAUGGUCAUGGGGUGGCUCUGUAGGAGAUUCUGAUGGCAAGACAGAGCCACCAGCUACAGCUGAAGCCAGCAAACGCUCUACUUCUUCAGCAAACCUCAAGCAAGCAGAAACUGUUAUCAAUAAACGGCUCUCGUCUUCAACAGCACUUCUUAAUUCUUCAAGCAAGAGCAUCACUAAAAGAAGCUCUUCAUUAAACAGACUGAAUAACAAAGUUCCUCUGAAUUCUGAGCAGCCAGUGUCCAAAAGUUCACAGAUGGAACAGAAAGGAGCAGCGGAAAAGAAGAGAAGCUCAUCGUUGAAUAGAAUGGGCAAUACACUUCAGUCUUCUCCAGAUUUAGAAAAUGUGCAAAAGGAAGAAAAAGCAGCUCGUCGUUCCCAGCUCAUCUCUCUGGAGAGUAACGUGAUCAGUCGCCUGCUCGCCCCCACCCAAGCUUCCUUAGCUAGGAGUAAAAGUGCCGCCACAUUAUCAGCUGAUGGCAGAGAUCCCUCAGAAUCUCCCCUCUGUCCUCGUUCAGCUCCCAACAGUUCCCCAGUCCACGCUCCCAAAGUGCCUGUACGCAGCCGCAGCAUUGACAGGUUGAAGAUGAUAGCCGCCUCUUCAACAGAUAAUUUUUCUCCGGAAGCUGCACAGAAACCAGAGGUAGGAAAGCAAUCUUCUGCUGGGAGGCGUGCACCGUCACCAUCUUUGUCCAAUUCCAGACGAUCUCCCUCUCCUGCUAAACUGGGUAAACGACCUCCAUCUCCAGCUGCAAUCAGACAAAAGCCUCGACCACCUUCACCAAGCAUCUUAAGACAAAGACCACCAUCUCCUGUUACAGUCUCUAAACCAGCACCUAUUCAGCGCCCAUCUCUCACUCCUAAUGUCCUCAGUAUACCAAAAAAGAAACCUGAUGUGGACUGUAAACCAAAGGAGAAAGUAGAUGAAACUUCAGGGCAGGAGCAAGGGGCUUCUCCACAAACCUCAGAGAGAGAAAUUGCUGCAAAUGCUUCAAAGACCAAAGAAGUUGUAGACACUAGUAGUAAAAGUGCUCCAGGGACCACAACAGCUGAAGAAGCAGCAAGAGUGUUGGCAGAGAAAAGGCGCCUCGCAAGAGAGCAAAGAGAACGUGAAGUCCUGGAAAGAGCUCAGAAAGAAGAGGAAGAAAGGGUCAGAAAAGAAGAAAUAGCCAAGAGAGCACUUGAGGAACAAGCACAGAGAGAAGAAGAGCUCCACCAGCUAGAAGAGCAGAGGAAGAUAGAAGAGGAAGAACAGCAAAGACUGGCUGAGAAAGAAAGAGUUCGGAGAGAGGAAGAGGAACAGGAGAAGUUGGCUGAGCUUCAACAGCAGCGAGAAGAAGCUGAAGCAAAAGCACAAGAAGAAGCCAACAGGCACCGGCAAGAGCAAGAGCGAAUUAUGCGACAGAACAUGCAAGAGAGGCUUGAGAGGAGGAAGAGAAUUGAAGAAAUAAUGAAGAGGACUCGGAAGGCAGAACAGAAUGAAGCUAAAAAUGAAGAGAAAGCAGAUGAGGAGGAUGAGGAUGUUGAGGAUGAGGAUGACCCGGGUCUUGAAAAGCAAGAUCAGCCUGAAAAGGUAAAUUACAUUGACUCGCCCCUGGAAGGUGCUCCUGAUCGUUCAAUACAAGAAGCGUCCAAAGAAGAGCCAGACGAUGUCUUUAUAAAUGGUGAUGAGCAGCUGGAGGUCAAUCAGGCAGACAAAGAUGAGAAUUAUGAGCAUUUAUCUCAGAUAACAGAGAACAGCCCUCCAGCAAAGGAAGCAGUAAUUGAGAACUCUGGAAUUGUGCAUGUUAAUGAAGCCGAUCACCCAAUUGGAUUUCUAUCAAAUCUGAAUGGAAAAUCUCUUACAUGGAAUUUUGAGGAGAUACUUGAUCUUGGAGUGAUUCCUAAGGCGAACAGGCAAAGCUCAGAUAGCAUCGCUGCUGAAAUAUCCAACCAGAACUUGAAAGAUGCUUCUACAGUACCCCCAAGUCCCACGUUGGUUUUUGAAGAAGAGAGCACAAUGAAUUCCUUGACCAAACCGAUAGAGACUGCAUCAGAACUGUGACACUAGAAUCCUGGAAGUCCCCUGAUUGCAUUUCAGGAAUUCAGGGUUUUAUCAAGUCAUGAAGGCCUUGUUUUGAAAAAGCUGCUUGUGAACCUUUGCCCACCUCCAAGUUAUGUGCAGAACCCCCCCCCCCCCGGGAGGCUACCCCAUCUAACGUUGCACCUUGAAACCUCUUCAGGGAGAUUCUUGCCGUUGUUUCUCUGGUUGCUUUCUUGGAUCUGUUUAACAAAGUUUCCUUUUAUAAUGCAACUUGUUCUCCUUUCGAGGAACUGUUCGCUAAAUAGCCCACAGGCUUAUGGUGGCUUACUCUGGACACUUAUUAACUAUCUCACAUAGAGUGAGAAAAAAAAUGACCUAAUCCUAAUGAGUAUUAAAACCAGGCUCACUUUGUCAUGUGAUACUGGCAUAGUCCUGUCCGCUCAUUACAGGGGGCAAUGUCUGAAGAAAGGUGAACAAUAAACAGUUGAGAUCAAACCUUUUCUCACUGUGGGUCAGACAACAGUUUUGAAAAAUUGUUUAUAAUGCAAAAAAACACUGUAAGUUCAGGAGUCUGUCAACACUUGAAAACAAGCACUAAGUCCUUAAGAGUGGUGAAAGCACUAAGUCCUUAUGAGUGGUAAAAUAAAACAAAAAAUCCUAUUAGCCACAGAGGCUAAACAGAACAGUUUCCAGAAUCAGCGUUUCCAGCAUCCUCCCUGCAAGAUGAGUGGUGGUGUGCCAUAGAAAGUGUAAAUGCUGCCGUUCAUUAGCCCCAGUGCCUGUACACAGUGUACGGUGUCAGAGUGAGGCACGAUCAGGACUUGCUAUGCAAAGUGGGAGGAACCAAGGCCAGCUGCACGCUUUUGAUGGGCCCAGGGGAACCAGUUGAACGAGCGUGUUACCUUAUUUACCUUAAGCCAUCUUCAAGUCACCUAAGCUUUUUGGAGGUUGGCCUUUCCAUAACACAUUUUAAUAGAUGAAGCUUCAUAUCUCUGUUGAAGCUAGUGCACACCCUAAAAUGCUGAGGAGAAACAAGUUGUGUUGACAUAAUGCACAGUCCAGCAAGCCAUGCCACUGUUGUGUGCAGCUUUUGACAAGGCUUGUGUGGGUCUCUGUGCAAACCCCAGUGAAACUGGUGGCAGCCACAUGGGAGCAGUGCUUGGCAGAUCCUUCCCAUUGUGGGGUUGUCAUUAGCUCAGUUUAGUUCUGUUUUUCCUUUUUUUAAAUUACAUGUAUUUAAGUUUACCUUCACACAUGUAUUUUUUGUGUACAUAAAACCAGUAUUAGACCCUUCCAGUUGUAUGUUUUUCUUUUUGUCCAUGUUAAUUCUUCUACAUGUGUUCAUCUACUAGCUUUGUCAUGCUUGCCUCUGCCUUCAAAGCUGCUGCCUGUGUUAUCUACUCAUUUAACCCCAACUGUGUCCAGCAUGAAGGAAUGACCCCUCCAUGGCUGCUUUGCCGAAACUAGAGAGAAGACCCCGUGUUGUGCCCCUGUGACUGUCUUAAAUAGCUAGCUGUGCUUCUCAAAGAGCUGCUCCCUCAAAAAGACUGCUUGAAUCAGCAGCAGCUAUUUCAGCCCCGUUUGGCAGCUGCUUUCUCAGUGUUUUUCUUCCCCUCAGUUCAAAUGUUCUCACCGGAGCCAAGGAAGUUCUGUUUCUCGACACCCGCUUAAAUUAGAAAGCCAGACUCUUCCCCUGUUGCCCUACUCCACCCCUUUGCUGUUUCCAAAUAUCGUGGAACUGUUAGAAACUAGAGCAGUGCCUUAGGUUCAAACAAUGUAUUUUUGUAUCAUAGCUCUUUCAUUCUGGCAGAGACAAUCAUUCUAACAAGCAUGAUGAUGCUAUUUUUCUGCGCAAAUUGUUGCCUGUUGAAUGCUUUGUUUACAGCUGUAUGUACAUACAUAUGCACUGUUAAAUAAACUUUGCAAUUGAAAGGUG